UGUGUUGAUUAUUGCACUAUUGCUUUCUUUCUCCUAUUCAUUUGUUAAAAAUAUUUAUCAUUCGUUUUAUCUGUAAAUUAAUAAUUUUUUUGUCGUUAAUCAAUAGUCACAAAUAGAUUUGUCUAUGGAUCUGAAUUAAGACUUUGAUUUUGACAGCGUUUAUGACAUUUGACCAGGAAGCAGAUGCUGCAUGGUACAAAACGUGUGCAGAUAGUUUUUGUGGGUUAAUAUAUUUAACUUUAUUAGACAAUGUUACAGUGUUUAGGGCUUUUUAAAUGGAGCUCUGCGAGAGGUGAUGGAUUGGGAACAUCUUGACCUGAAUCCAAGGAUUAUUGCUGGUGUUAAAAAAGCAAAUUGUAGAUCCGCAAAGGACAUCCUCUGUGUUUCGGGUCCAGAUCUGCAGAGAUUGACGCAUUUGUCAAAGUCUGACGUUCAGCGAUUACACUGUGCCGUUGCAGCUGCUGUCCGCAAUUCCACCCCUGUUACAGCUUUACAGUUGAUCAAGGGGGAAUGUCCUGCUUUAGAGGCCGGAUACAGGCUUUCUUUAGCCUGUCCCGUUCUGGACAGACUGAUGCGUGGUGGUCUGCCCUUGCGAGGAAUAACAGAGCUGGCAGGCGAAAGUGCUGCUGGGAAAACUCAGUUUGGUUUGCAGCUUUGCUUGUCUGUCCAGUAUCCACGAGAAAACGGAGGGCUGAGUUCAGGAGCGGUCUAUAUUUGCACUGAGGAUUCCUUUCCUAUCAAACGACUACGGCAACUGAUUACCCAGCAGCCUCGGCUUAGACCGGAUCUGCCAUCAUCUCUGAUCAACAGCAUACGCUUUAGUGACAACAUCUACAUUGAGCACACAGCAGACUUGGAGUCUCUGCAGGCAUGUGUGUCUCAGCGAGUGCCUGUGCUGCUGAAGAGAGGUCUGGUCAGGCUUGUUGUGGUGGACUCAGUGGCUGCUCUCUUCCGUAGUGAGUUUCAAGCAGAUGAGGCUAUAAAGCGGUCUCGCCACCUGCUGACUUUUUCGAAUGCCCUCCACCGCUUGAGUCAUUGCUAUGGCGCACCUGUACUGUGUGUCAACCAGGUCACAGAUGUUGUGGAUGGCCCAAAUCCUGGAAGGUGUGAUUAUGGGCUGGUGGAGAGUAAGGUGCUACCAGCAUUGGGCAUUGCAUGGGCCAACCAGGUUAUGGUGAGACUCAUGCUCAGGAGACUGGAGGGCUGCGUUGAGUCAGAGGAACGAAGCAGUGCUGUUCGAAAACUAGAGGUAGUGUUUGCGCCACACCUCCCUCGAGCAGACUGCCUGUGUGGGGUUUGGGAAGAAGGAGUCCGAGGGAUUCCUGAUGAUGGCUUGACACUACAACAACAGAGCUGUUAGUAAUGAAUCAUUGGCGGAACUAAAUGGAGCUGAUGAUGAGACAACGUUUACCAGAAAUAUGGGCGUCAACUGUUGCUAAUGGACAUGUUUGUUAAUGGAGAUUUAAUGGUUUUGUUCGACAAGACUUUGUAAAGAAUCGCUAGAUUUUUUUAGCAUUAUAAACAUAAGUUGUUAUAACUUGCGUUAAGUGCAGAGGAUUUUGUAAAAUAUUAUCAAUCAUUUUAUAUUCACAAUUUUUUAAAGUUUUUAUUAUGCUCUUUAUACACAGAAUAAACCAUUUUCAUUUGC